AUGUCGAUCUAUGGCGAUCAGUUUUCUGGCCAGUUGGUGCUCCACGACGCCCAAAGUCGGGCGGCCAACGCAGGUGGGGAGCACAUCCGGGGCCGAAAAAGAAAGGGUCUAAAAUCUGAGGAAAAGGGAUCUCCGCAGUUUUGCGAUGGCACGAAUUGCACAGCCAAAGAUGCAGCCAGUAUGAAGGGACACGCGGCAUACCAUGCAUACUUUAAGGAUGAAAAUGGUGGAAGUGAUGACCUUGCGCAACUCGAGGAGGAUCAGGACCAUGACCUCGCACAACUCUGUCAUGGAGAGGGAUCUGUGGCAUCAAUUGCGACGCGACGUACCCGCUUGAGCUACGUGACUUGCCAGUCAGAGUUUCAGGACAAGGCAGACUUUCUGGAUGUUGGCGACCUUGACGAAUUUCCGGAAGACCAGUCAGACCAGGGAUGUGAAUCGCAAUCACGAUGGUGGAAGUCUGUGGUCGAGGUAGCUUCAGAUCCGCGGGCACAACAAACAGCUGCCGUGACGGUAGGUGGCUAUCUGACCAUGGGAAUCGCGGGUGGCACCGGCGGUCUGGUUUGUGGGGGAUCCAUUGGUGCGUUGGUGGGGUUGGCUCCAGCACCUUUCACUGCUGGGCUUUCAGUACCUCUGGGUGCUGCGGUGGGUGCGGGCGCGGGGCUUUGUGUAGGAGCCUCAGUGGGGAGCACCGUUGGGGCGGUGGGGGGCCUCCUCGUAGGCCGUGGCGUUUUCUACAGGUAG